GGCAUACGAGUCGCCUGACACAGAAGGGAGUGUAGUAUGAAGCCUGGGCAUUGAUUGCAACAACGAAUUGCAAUAACAACUGUCUCAGCUGUAUGGCAGAUGGUCAGUAUGGAUGUGUGUGUUGUUAGGAGUGCUGUGACUGAGUCAGAGUCUACUGUAAUAUUUUGUUGAUUGAGUUGCCUACGGAGCCUCGUGAUGGGAAAUAAACUUAGAAUUAGGUUGCUGGUAGUGUUAUUGUAUUGUUCUUUCUUUCUUUUAGACACAUGUCCAUACACAAAUAAUAAUAAUAAAAAUAAUAGCUAUGUGUGUGUGUGUGUGUGUGUGUGUGUGUGUGUGUGUGUGUGUGUGUGUGUGUGUGUGUGUGUGUGUGCAUUUAUACAUUUUUACAUGAACAUUAUAUAAUAAAAGUCAUUUUAUUUUAGGCGCCUGGUAUAUUAUCCAUCUCUGACUGGGUGGCAAUUGUUUCUGUGAUAAUUUUAUUGUGUAAUACAGUUCGAGUCAGUAUCAGUAGCCUAUAUUGCAUUUUACUUGGGGUUGCACUGCUAAUAACUCCCUGUAUAUUUAGAGUUUGCUGUUUCAGAAUAGAAUAGAAUAGAAUAGAAUAGAAUAGAAUAGAAUAGAAUAGAACGCACGUGCUUGUUGCAACAUACAUUGUAUAAAGUGAAUAUGGAUAAGCUAUUUCUUGCUACUCCUAAAAAUGACUUUAAUUAGUUGCCUAUAAACACCGUAGUCAAGUUAAUUUAAUCAUAUUAACAUGAUUCAGGAAGGAUCCAUGAUUGAGGUGCAUGAGGGCUAAAAGCGGUUACCUUUAUCCCUAUAAGUAUAUAAAUACAUGAGUCCGAUGUAUUUAUUCAAAAGCCUUACUGAGUUGACAGACCUAAAAAAAAAAAAAAAAAAAAAACGGAAGACGGAUUUAGAGACAACUACUUCCAUGACUGAGGUGAUACUGAUGAAGACAGGCACGCGCACAGGCUGAAACCUUUGCCAACCCCAGCGCGCGCAGCAGCAUCCUCACUCGAUUCGGGAAUCGUUGCUGCAAACAAAGUUCCAGACUGCAUUUUAUUUAGACUCUUUUUUGAGGAGAUUUAGUUAUUUUUGGAAACGCUCUUUAAACAGCUAAGUCCAUAGUUUUACUUCAUUUACGUUUAUACCUUUAAAUGCAUUAGAUAGAUAGAUAGAUAGAUAGAUAGAUAGAUAGAUAGAUAGAUAGAUAGAUAGAUAGAUAGAUAGAUAGAUAGAUAGAUAGAUAGAUAGAUAGAUAGAGAGCACACAACCUCCUCUUUAGAGACAUCUCAUCAUUCCCCUGACCCAAAGGAGAUAAAAUAUAAACACCGCGGAGAGAAGGACCUCACUAUCAACAUGGAAGACAACGAAUCGUGCUGUGAGUGUGAGUCACCGGUGUGUGCGGGCUGUGGCGCGCUGAUCUCAGAUCGCUUCUACCUGCUCGCGGCAGACAGAAGGUGGCACGAGCGCUGUUUGAAAUGCACCGCGUGUCACGCUGACCUGGAAUCAGAGGUCUCGUGCUUCAGUAAACAAGGAGACGUUUACUGUAAGGAGGACUACUACAGUAGGAGGUUUUCCUCUCAAAGAUGUGCGCGGUGCCACCUGGGAAUCUCUGCCUCAGAGGUAGUGAUGCGCGCCGGGGAUCUGGUGUACCACUUGAGCUGCUUCUCCUGUGCCACCUGCGACAAAGUGCUGUUCACUGGAGAUCACUACGGGAUGAGAGAGAUGUCAGUGUAUUGCCGGGUACAUUUCGAGAAGAUCCUGCAGAGGGAAUGUCUUACAGAACUGUAUUAUUCAGAAAUGUCUCCAGGAGAGCCAAACCCUGAGAGCGGCACAUGCAGUGAAGGGACACCUGUGCACAGAGGACGGGCCUGGAAGAGGAAAAACUGUGAUGCAACAGACCAUGUUUCUUAUAAUUCAGAUGUGAGCGAUAUGGGUCUGGACUUGUCAGAGAGAGUGAGCUGUCAGAAGUCCAAACGCAUGAGAACGUCUUUCAAGCAUCACCAGCUGCGGAGCAUGCAGAACUUCUUCACCCACAACCACAAUCCAGAUGCCAAAGACCUCAAAGAGCUCGCCCAGAAAACCGGCCUCACCAAACGUGUGCUCCAGGUUUGGUUCCAGAAUGCCCGUGCAAAAUUCAGGAGAACCCAUCUGUAUCAGGAGAGCAUGGGAGUAGACAAUGUUUCUGACAAUUCCACCAUCAUGUCCCCAUCAGUGCCUUCACCUGAACUGUCCCACAGAUCUCUGAGCCCUGAGUUCCUCUAGCACUCUUAAAAAUAGUUGUUGAUUAUUAUUAUUAUAUUAUUUAUAAUAAUAAUUUUAGAUCUUUCAGGACUGAACUGAGCAGUGAACAGUGUAUUUGCACAUGCAUACAAUCACACACCCAUGCGCACACAGAGAAAAAUCAGAUGUGGUUACUUUUAUUUGAACUCUCUGAAUAAGAUUAACUAGGCUUAAAUAAAGUAUUCACAUUCUGAAAAUAAGUUGUUUGUUUAUUCAGCACUGGAGUGUGUGGCGUUGAUUAUUUUACUCUGGUGAGCGGUGUGUGUGUACUCGUGUGCUGUUUUCCUGUUUUCUUUGAGUGUGUGAGAGUUUGCGUGUGUAAAGUUUGUCCAGUUUAAUUAUCCUGAUCCCUGCUGAGGUGAUUGUGGUUUGCAUUGUGCAGUUACGAGCUGAGACUGAAGUCAGCUGCAGUGUUGGAGAGAUUGGCAGAGAUACGCGGUCACAGCAUCAAAAAAGAAAGAGAUCCGCUGCUAUCUUUCUUCCAUGACCACAUUUUUUAGCUGUUAAUGAAGUCUUAGUUUUGCAUUGCAGAACAUUUUUUCAGGAAUUUCUCUUUGUUAGAGGUUCUUUAAAAUUCUUCACAGUCGUUGAGUAAAGAAUUUCACCCGGAAGAUGGGAAGAGGAAGAGGAACGUUGAAAUAAUUAAGGAGUGUUGUUUGAAUUGGACUAUUUCUAUAUGCUGUACAAUUCAUGCUGGUGGUUGUGGUUCGACCAAAUGUUUACCAAGAGGAAGCACGUGUGUGUAUGUAUGGUUUACGCAUGUGUGCCUUUAUGGAUAGGAGAUUACAGGACAUGCUACUCUCAUUCCCACAGACCUAGGCUCUACAGACACUGACAUGGAAAACAAAUACGCACGUGAUUUAAGUGUAUCUUUGUUUUGUUUUUUUUGUUUUUUCAUUUUCUUAUUAUUUUAUUUAUCUUUUAUUUUAUCUUUUAUUUUUGCCCUUGCAUAUUUACUUUGGAAACUUCAAGACAUUAAACACUAAAUGUGUACUAAAGGGGAUAUUUUUCUGAUAUAUCUACACUAAUAUUCAACAGUAUGAGUUUUUUU